AUGUCUGCCGGCGAUACCAAAGCAGCCUUUCUCCGAAUCCCUUGGGCUGCCCAUCUGAUCGACCGUCCCAACAUUAUAUUUCGAGUGCCUGGGUCCAGGAACUCGAAGUCGAGCACUGAGGACUCGUUAUUUGCAGAGGUACUGAAGUCUCCUCGGACGAUCACGUCAUGCAUCUCCUUCUUCACAAAGCCAGCAGACGACGAUGAGAAAAUCGAGGAAGUGUCAACCUUGAUACUCAUGGGCGAUGGCAUGAACGGACACCCAGGCAUACUACACGGUGGCAUUGUGGCAUCGAUACUGGACGAGGCGAUGGGUAUACUGCAGAACGCCAACCACGAUAGAGCACACUUCAUGCGGGUUGGCAAGGGCUUCGACUCUGGCGAAAGUCCACCUCACGGUAUCAGCUCGUUCACAGCCACGCUCACGGUGAACUACUUGAAGCCUGUCCAUACGCCUGGUGGCCUCAUAUGCACCGCACGAUAUACGAGGAGAGAGGGAAGGAAAGAAUGGAUACAUGCAGUGGUCAAGCAGCAUGUCUCGCAUGGCGAGGAUGAUUAUGGAGAGGAGAUUGUUUGUGCUAGUGGAGAUGCACUAUUCAUCGAGCCGAAGGCUAGUAAGCUAUGA